CCGGCUCACCAUGCACUGCCACGCGGAGCUGAGACUGAGCUCGCCCGGCCAGCUCAAAGCAGCCAGGCGGCGCUACAAGACUUUCAUGAUCGACGAAAUCCUCUCUAAGGAGACCUGCGACUACUUUGAGAAACUUUCCCUCUAUUCCGUGUGCCCGUCGUUGAUCGUGCGACCCAAGCCCCUGCAUUCCUGUACCGGCCCCACUUCCCUCCGUGCAUAUCCUCUUCUCUCCGUGAUCACCCGACAGCCCACGGUCAUCUCCCACCUGGUCCCUGCCACCCCAGGAAUUGCCCAGGCACUGUCCCGCCACCCAGCUGCUGAGGCUGCCUCUGCUGAGGCCCCAAGUGGCGAAGCUCUUGGCAGCAGCGAGUCGGAGGCGGAGCAGCCCACGCCCCGACAGAAGAAGCCCCGCCGCAGUCGGACCAUCUUCACUGAGCUUCAGCUCAUGGGCCUGGAGAAGAAAUUCCAGAAGCAGAAGUACUUGUCCACUCCAGACAGGUUGGACUUGGCCCAGUCUCUGGGACUCACUCAACUGCAGGUGAAGACUUGGUAUCAGAAUCGUAGGAUGAAAUGGAAGAAAAUGGUACUUAAAGGUGGGCAGGAAGCGCCCACAAAACCCAAAGGCCGUCCCAAGAAGAACUCCAUCCCCACCUCAGAAGAGAUAGAAGCUGAAGAGAAGAUGAACAACCAGGCCCAGAGCCAGGAACACCUCGCGCCCUCCCAAGGACCGGAGGAGCUCUGUGACACACAGAAACCUAAAGCAUGCGAUGUCCCCUUAGAGGUGGCAGAGCCCCCCGGCCAGCCCCAGGAGUUGCCAGUAGCCUCUUUGGAACCCCCACCAUCAAGCUAAAAUAAAACUCUUUGAGGGGAGAGGGAGACUGGGAAGAAGGGAAAGAGAGAAGGCAGGGAGAAUAGGGAAAGUGAAACUUCCCAAAGCCUGGGAAACUGGGGGAGAAGUGGUCCAGUGGUGGUUUCGUCGCAAGCAUUUGAGGAAGCUUUGCUUGCCUUAGGCCUUUCUCUUUCUGAAAGGAUGCUUUAGCCACAGGAUGCCCUUGCUGAAGAGAGAUAGUGCCUUGGGACUGCCUGCCCCAGCUGGGGUGAUGGCUGUGGGGCUGGGCACAAGCCCCACCUGAUGUCCAGUGGCGGAUGACUCUGGCUCUCUCCCUGCCAGCCUCUGGGCAGCCAGUCAUCAAAGUAGAGAGACACGGAGGACUUGGGCAGCUCGCCCAGGUUCCUUGCUGACUCAGCACUUAUUUCUGUAGUUUUAAAAGAGAAUUUAAUGUUUUGGUUGUUGUUUGGCGGGAGGGGGUGAGGGUGGGCAAAAAAGACUUGGGGGAAGGGAGUUCUGGAGUUAUUAGAAUUGUUUCUGAAUAAAGUUUGUUGGUUUGAAGACACGUGUGCCUUUGUACCCAUUAUACAAUGAUCAGGUGACUCAAGAACUGAUAAGCCUUGUUUUUCUUGCUUCAUUAAGUUGUCAUCCUUGAA